UAUAACCAUAUAUUACGAUAUGCAUUUUUGCAUAUCUAUAGUGAUGCUGGAUUUCCGCAGGACACCUUGCUAUGACCUGUGGUCUACGCAGAAGUCUGAAGUCUUAGAUGCAGAUGUUACGUAUGUUGGUUGUGCCGGUUACAUUCCAUCCCUUUGUGACCCACUCUUGGAUGGAUUGAACAAGCUAUCAAUAAGCCCGGAGUCUCCAGAUCGUCUUUCUGGUAGUGGAUAUCAUAUUGGAGAUAACAUUACGGCUGUUGUUCGUAGUCCAGAUUCUCAUGCCGUGUACCCGAAGACAACUAAAUCAACACAUCGCGAUUUUGAUACUGCUAGAUUAAGUACAUAUGGUGGUUCAUCAAACUGCACGGAGACUUUUGAGAAACUAUGUGGACGUGGACACAGUACUCAAUCUAGAAUCCAGUUACCGAGAUCAGAUGGCAUUUUCAAUCUUAUUUGGAAUUGCUACUAUAGGAUAUCCUAUUUUUGUAGAUAGUCCUGCCGCUUGCGGUGAUGUGAACAAGACUAACAAAACCAACCAGUCGAUUUCGGUUAGAAAAGUUGAUUGCCCUCUUCUAUGUGAGAAGUAUCCCGCAAAUCCGGUUAUCGAUGGAGGUGCCUGGAAUGACUUCCCGCUGCGCGAUGCAAUUGGGGCAGCUCUUGUUAUACUUUCUAGUAAAUCAAAAGCAUCUGGAUAUCGUCGAGUAAUGUCCCGCUCUUCCCAUAGAAAUAAGAAGUGGGAUCGUGAGACGUUAAAACUUCACUCUUGGUUCAACUCUUUUUGCCUGUUAGAAAUGCCUGCUUCUCUUAAACAAAUAUUCCUGUCAGUUCGCAGAAAGUUGGAGGAAGAUUAUGUUUUAUGCGCAUUUUGCCGGAACAAUGGCGAGUUACCCGAAAUAUACAUAACUCAUGAAGUUAGGGAUCAAGAUGGUCGGGUGACGUGUCCGGUGUUACGUGUACUCUCAUGUCCCAACUGCCAUGCGACCGGUGAUCAUGCCCAUACAAUCAGAUACUGCCCGUACCCUAGGCAACUUUAGUUCUGUACUGACCCUUUUAAACAUCCACUGUUUUAUUAUUGUUUACGUAUGAUUGUCAUUAUGUUACUUUAUUACUUAGAUUUUUUACUUUAUUUUUAUACAUCUUAAUAUGGAUUUAUGCUUAUUAUGUCCUAAUAAACUAAGUUACAUCCA